AUGUGCGGAAUAUGGGCAUUGUUUGGUGUAAGUGAAGACUUAUGCCCACUAUGUACGGAGAGUUUCGUGGCAAUUCGACACCGCGGCCCCGACGCAUGGCGUUUCGAGGCCGAUGCUCGAGAACCAUUUGCGAUAUUUGGCUUCCGACGACUGGCUAUUGUUGACGGUCUUCACGGUAUGCAACCGAUGAGAUUACAUCUCUAUCCUCGUACAAACCUCAUUUGUAACGGAGAAAUCUACAACUAUAAACGUUUACAAACACAAUUCAAGUUUCCGUAUGAAACAAAGUGUGACGUGGAGGCUAUCACGCAUCUGUAUCACAACUUUGGGUUCCAGAAAACUGUAAAGAAUCUAGAUGGUGUAUUUGCGUUUUGUCUAAUGGAUGGAGAGAAAAAGAAAAUUUGUGUCGCCCGUGAUCCGUAUGGUGUCCGCCCGCUCUUUGAAUAUUGGGACGCGGAAAGAGGUGUCUUAGGAAUCUCUUCAGAAGGCAAAGGUCUGAUUAAGUUAAAACAAAACGGCAAUGGCAGUGCUACGUUAAGACAAUUCCCACCUGGUCACUAUGCUCAGUGGAGUAUAUUGGACGAUGGUAAAGUAAAACUUGAUUUUAUUGAACGAUACACAUCACCCGGCAUGCCGCCAAACUUUAUACCAUAUGUUCCGGAGUCAGAGCUAGAAGGCAAGAGUAUAGAAGAGAAGACUGCUUAUCUUUUAGAAGCAGCGUGUGAAAAGAGAUUGAUGUCAGACAGACGUAUCGGAUGUUUACUUAGUGGGGGCUUAGAUUCCUCACUUAUAGCCUCUCUAGUCGUGAAGCUUGCUAAAAAACAUAACUUGCCAUAUAAAAUACAAACAUUUGCUAUCGGAAUGGGUGACUCACCAGAUUUGAUAGCUGCUCGCUCAGUUGCGGAUUACUUGGGAACUGAACAUCAUGAAGUACAAUUUGACGAAAAUGAUGUGAAACGAGAGCUGGACAAUGUAAUCUAUCACUUAGAAUCGUUUGAUAUUACUACGAUUCGCGCUAGCUUACCUAUGUAUUUGCUAUCGAAGUAUAUCAAGGAAAAGACUAAUACUACUGUGGUAUUCAGUGGGGAGGGAGCAGAUGAAUUAGCACAAGGCUAUAUUUACUUUAGGGAUGCUCCUUCCGAAAACGUAGCACAUGAAGAGAGUUUGCGUUUACUCUCCGAUAUUUAUUUGUAUGACGGUCUCCGAGCGGACCGAACGACUAGUGCAUUCAGUUUGGAGCUACGUGUUCCGUUCUUAGAUAUUCAGUUUACUCACCACUAUCUCAGCCUUGAUCCGAAAAUGAGGCAACCCCAGAACGGCAUAGAGAAACAUUUACUUAGAAACAGUUUUGCUAAAAGUGGAUUGCUGCCAGACACCAUUUUGUGGCGUCACAAAGAGGCCUUCAGCGACGGCGUGGCCUCCGUAAAGAAGUCAUUGUUUACUAUUAUCGGAGAUAUAAUAGCUGAAAGGUCAAUAGAGGAGAAUGUAGAAUAUCCAGGAGUACAGCCGAAGACAGCGGAGUCGAAAUAUUACCGCUACGUGUUUGAGAAGUCCUUCCCCGGGCAGCAUGUAUUUACUCCGUAUUAUUGGAUGCCGAAAUGGGUCGCUGGGGUGUCCGAUCCUUCUGCGAGAUUUAUAAAACAUUACGCGGCUAACUAA